UCUCGCGCACCGUCCACCCACACCCGCCUGUCAGCCAUGUUGUUCGUGUGACCCAGCUGUCAGCAACAGGUCCAGUUGACUAAACUAGACAAUCUUCUCGGAAUUACAUCAUUUUGCCAAUACGAGACGACUGCAUAACGCCAGGGAGACUUUCACUGCGGAUAGAAAAGUGGAGAAAGUAGUUGUUUUUUUGCCCGAUGAUUGUGAGAGAUGACUGCGAGCUAGCCGGCUGAGUAGAAGAACGGGAGUCCACCCCCCCCCCCCCGCCCCCUCUGCCACCUGCAGCCAUGAAUGGCGGCCGCAAUGUGUGGGCGAUCUCUCCAGAGGAGAGGGACAAACAUGAUAAACAGUUUGACACCCUCUCUCCCGCCAUGGGCUUCGUCUCAGGGGAGCAGGCCAGGAAGUUCUUCCUGCAGUCGGGUCUUCCCUCCUCAGUGCUGGCAGAGAUAUGGGCCCUGGCUGACAUGAAUAAGGAUGGGAAGAUGGACAGGUUGGAGUUCUCCAUCGCUAUGAAGCUCAUUAAGCUCAAACUUCAGGGCACACCCCUUCCCUCAUCUUUACCAAUCAUCAUGAAGCAGCCGCCAGUGCCCGCCCCUGCCUCAACAGGCGCCAUGUCCUCCUCACGCUAUGGAAUGGGCUCCAUGCCAAACCUGUCGACGAUGCCUGGAGCCGUCGCCAUGCUCACCCCCAUCCCCAUGACAUCUAACUUCUCAACCAUGACCCCUAACCUCUCAACCAUGACCCCUAACCUCUCACCCAUGACCCCUGUGACUGGCCUCACUCCUAUGGUCCCAAUGGCAACAGGCAUGGUCCCCCUGGUUGCCACGUCAACAAUGCCCCUGCUGCCGUCCCUGGGCAGCCCCGCUCUCCCCAAUGGCACUAUGGGUAUCCUACAGCACCUUCCACCAGGACACAUGGGGACAGGCCUGCCUCUCUCUGUGCCCUACGCCGCCUCUCCUCUGGGUUUCUCUCCUGGGAUGAACAAAGCUACGUCACUGCUGGACCUAGGCUCAAGCAGCUCCAACUCUUCCUCCACCACCUCCCUGGCAGGUAGUUCUCCUAAGACGGCUCCCUCUGACUGGGCCGUGCCUCAGGCCUCGCGCCUGAAAUACAGACAGCAGUUCAACAGCCUCGACAAACACAUGACGGGAUACCUCACAGGUCAGCAGGUGAGGAAUGCCAUGGCAACCACUCUGCUCACUCAGACGCAGCUGGCCACCAUCUGGACCCUGGCCGAUGUGGAUAAGGAUGGGAAGCUAAGAGGAGAGGAGUUUAUUCUGGCCAUGCAUCUAGUGGACAUGGCCAAGACCGCCCAACCCUUACCUCUGACACUACCCAUAGAACUAAUACCACCAUCACAGAGGGGUGCUGUGAAUGGGACCAGUUUAUCUCUCUAUGCUGGCAUCACUGAAGAACUGGAGGCUGAGCCACCACAGAAAACCAAAAGCAACUUAUCGUUUGAGGAUAAAUUCAAGGCCAACCUGGAGCGAGGGAACGCGGAGCUGGAGAAAAGACGACAGGCUCUGCAGGACGCACAGAGGAGAGAGGAGGAAAGACGCCAGCAGAAGGAGAGAGAGGAGCGAGAGAGGAGAGAGCGGGAGGCCAGAGAGCAGGAGGAGAGGAGGAGGAAGGAGGAGGAGAGGAGGCUGGAGCGGCAGAGGGAGCUGGAGAGACAGAAAGAGGAGGAGAGGCUGAAGGAGAUGGAGAGAAAAGAGGCAGCGCAGCGUGAGUUGGAGCGCCAGAGGAAGGAGGAAUGGGAGAGGAGGAGGAGAGGAGAGCUGCUGAGCCAGAAGAGUCAGGAGCAGGAGGACAUCGGCAGACUAAAAACCAGGAAGAGGAACCUGGAGAUGGAGCUGGAGGCUGUGGGUAACAAACACAGGCAGAUCUCUGAGCGGCUGCAUGAUGCUCAGAGCAAGAGGACGGUGCAGCGGAGCGAGCUGGAGCGGACCAACCAGAGACGAGACACAAGCAGACUGGACAUCAACUCCCUGCAGAGACAACUAGAGGAGUACCAGAGGAAGCUGUCCCAGCUGACUCCAGAACAGCAGAGGCUCAGUGACAAACUGAGGAACAUGGCCCUCAACAACCUGCCAGUCUCCACCAUGUCCACGCUGAAGCGCAGCGCCAGUGAGAAGGACGGAGUGUGUCGCAAACUGAAGCAGCAGCUGGAUGCUCUGGAGAACGAGACGGCCGCUAAACUGGCCGACAUGGACCACUACCAGAACGACAUACAGUAUGGGGAUGCUGAUGACUGCCUGCUUCAUGGUCUCCUCUCUCUGGUCAACUGCCUUAGUAACCUCUUCUACCUCCUAAAGGAUCUGAGAGAGAGCCAGCGGAAGCAGCAGUCGGCUCUGGAUAAACUACGGAGCAUCAAAGAGGACAAACGGAGAGAACUGGAGAGACAGAGGGCGCAGGAGGAGGAGAGGAAGAGGAGGGAGGAGGAGGAGGCCCAAAGGUGCAUUAAGCUGGAGAAGGAGCGUCUCUGGCAGAAAAAGCUGCAGAGAGAGGAGGAGGAGAGACAGAUGAGGCUGCAGGAAGAGAGGGAGGCCAAACUGAGAGAGGAGGAGGAGAAAGAGGUGCAGGCCCGCCUCUUAGCUGCUAAAGAACAGGCAGAACGAGAACGCAGAGCGGAGGAGAGGAGAGAGCAGGAUAGGAGGCUGCAGGAGGAGAGGAGAAGACUGGAGGAAGAGGAGAGGAAUAUGAGGGAGGAGGAGAGAAGGAAACAGGAGGAGGAGAGGAAGAGAAAGGAUGAGGAGAGGAGAGAGGAAGAGAGGCGGCAGCAGGAGGAGAGGAGGAAGCAAGAAGAGGAGGAUUGGCGCAGGAGAGAGGAAGAGAGGAAGAGGUUAGAGGAGGAGAUGGCGAGAGAGAAGGAGGAAGAGGAGAAGAGGCGGCAGCGGGCUGCGGACGCAGCAAUCCGAGAUGCAGAGGAGAGGAAGAAAGUGGAGGAGGAGAGGAGAAGGCAGGAAGAGGUGGACAGGAAGAGGCGUGAGGAGGACAGGAAGAGAGUGGAGGAGGAGAGGAAGGAGGAAGAGAGGAGGCGGCGGCGGCAGGAGGAGGAGGAGGAGGAGAGGAAGCUGAAGGAAGAAGCGAAGAGGAAGCUGGAGGAGGAGAAGAGGAGAAGACAGGAGGAGGCGUUGCGGCAACCGAGUGCAGGGAAGACAAACAUCCAUGACAAACUGUCAGCCCUUCUCAGAGGACUAGAGGAGAGGAAAGGUGGUCUGCAGCCCCAGGCCAUGGAGCAUAGGAAAUCUGCGGCGCUCACUUCCUUCCGGGCGCUCUACCCCUUCACCGCUCGCAACCAGGAUGAACUCAGCUUCGAAGCCGAUGAGCUCAUCGAGGUGGAUGAGAGUACGGAGCGGGAGCAGGGUUGGCUGUAUGGCUGUCGGCAGGGGAAGAUGGGCUGGUUCCCAGAGAGCUACGUGGAGAGACAGGCCAAACCAGAGACACCUGCUGCUGCUGUUAAUAACGCAACUACAGCUGCCACUACCACUGCUGUUGCUACUACUGCUGUUUAUGCUGCUGUUGCUAAACAGGCCCCCAGACCACAACUCUCCACCCCCAAACACACAGGGAAACCCGGGGGAGACCCUACCAUGCCAACGGGACAGAACUCCGCCUUCACUCCUACACACGCCCCUCACCACGCCCCCUUGGAUCAGAUACAGGUGGCGGGUAGCCUGCAGGCCCAGGCUCUGUGUUCGUGGACAGCUAAGACAGAGAGCCAUCUGAACUUCAAUAAGGAUGAUGUGAUCUGGGUGCUGGAGCAGCAGGACAGCUGGUGGCUGGGGGAGCUCAACGGGGUGCAAGGCUGGUUCCCCAAAACAUAUGUCACACUCCUGGGAGACAAUGAAGACACCACCAACUCGAUAAAUUCCCCUCCUGAUGGCUCUGAAGCCACAGAUGCUGCUCAACAGGAAGAGUACGUGGCGCUGUACACCUAUGAGAGCCCAGAGCCUGGCGACCUGACAUUUAGGGAGGGGGAUGUCAUCCUGGUGACCCAGAGAGAGGGAGAGUGGUGGAGCGGCGGCAUCGGAGACCGCACCGGGGUGUUCCCUUCUAACUACGUCAAACCCAAAGAGACGGACACAUCCAGCAACUCUGGAAAGUCAGGUCAGCCUGGGAAGAAACCAGAGAUAGCCCAGGUGAGCACAACAUACACGGCCACGGGGACAGAGCAGCUCAGCCUGGCGCCAGGACAGCUUAUCCUCAUCCUCAGCAAGAACCCCACCGGCUGGUGGCUCGGAGAACUGCAGGCGCGGGGAAAGAAGCGUCAGAAGGGUUGGUUUCCUGCCUCGCACGUCAAAAUGCUGGGAUCCAACAGCGGAAAGUCCACGCCAGCACCUCUACCAGUGUGUCAGGUCAUUGCCAUGUACGACUAUAAGGCAGCCAACGAGGACGAGAUGAGCUUCUCCAAGGGUCAACUGAUCAGUGUGUUCGACAAGAACGACCCCGAUUGGUGGAAAGGGGAGGUCAACGGGGUCACCGGUCUGUUCCCAACCAAUUACGUCAAGAUGACCACUGCCGACACCGACCCCAGCCAGCAAUGGUGUGCUGACCUGAACAGUCUAGACUCUAUGAGUCCCCAGGAGAGGAAGAGACAGGGCUACAUCCACGAGCUCCUCCAGACAGAGGAGAGAUAUGUAGAGGACCUACAGAUAGUCAUGGAGGUGUUCCAUAAGCCCAUGUCCGAGUCGGGCCGUCUGACAGAGGCAGAGAUGGCCAUGAUCUUCGUCAACUGGAAGGAGCUCAUCGCCUGCAACACCAAACUGCUGAAGGCUCUGCGUGUGCGUAAGAAGACGGGGGGUGACAACAUGCCUGUCCAGGUGAUCGGGGACAUCUUGGCGUCCGAGCUGGCUCACCUCCAGCCUUACAUCCGGUUCUGCUCCUGCCAACUCAACGGUGCAGCUCUGCUACAGAGCAGGACUGACAACCAACAGGACUUUAAAGACUUCCUCAAGAAAAUCGCCACAGACUACCGCUGUAAAGGCAUGCCCUUGUCCAGCUUCCUGCUGAAGCCCAUGCAGAGGAUCACACGCUACCCUCUACACAUCAAAAAUAUCCUGGAGAGUACCCAGGAGGAGCAUGCAGACCGCAGGCCUCUGAGAGAGGCUCUGGAGCGGGCUGAGGAGCUGUGUUCUCAGGUCAACGAGGGAGUCAGGGAGAAGGAGAAUUCCGACAGGCUGGAGUGGAUACAGUCUCACGUACAGUGUGACGGAGUCACAGAGAACCUGGUGUUUAACUCUCUGACUAACUGCCUGGGGCCCCGUAAGCUGCUCCACAGUGGGAAGGUGUAUAAGGUGAAGAGCAAUAAGGAGCUGUGGGCUUUCCUCUUUAACGACUUCCUGCUGCUCACCCACGCUGCCAAACAGUUCAGCUCCUCAGGACCAGACAAGCUCUUCAGCACUAAGAACAACACCCAGCUCAAGAUGUAUAAACCGCCGGUGUUCCUCAACGAGGUUCUCGUGAAGUUGCCUGACCCCUCGAGCGAAGAGCCCUUCUUCCACAUCUCCCACAUCGACCGGGUCUACAGCCUCAAAACCGAGAACAUCAACGAGAGGACGGCCUGGGUGCAGAAGAUUAAAGCUGCCUCGGAGGACUUCUUAGAGACCGAUAAGAAAAAGAGAGAGAAGGCAUACCAAGCUCGUUCCCUGAAGGCCAGUGGAAUCGGCCGGCUGUUAGUCACCAUCCUGGAGGCCACUGAACUCAAGUCCUGCAAAUCCAACGGUAAGAGUAACCCUUACUGCGAGGUAACCAUGGGGGCUCAGAUCUACACCUCUAGGACCCUCAGUGACACGGUCAACCCCAAGUGGAACUUCAACUGUCAGUUCAACAUCAGAGAUUUGUACCAGGACGUCCUUUGCAUCACCAUCUUCGAGAGGGACCAGUUCUCCCCUGACGACUUCCUGGGUCGUACGGAGGUUCCCGUGGCGACCAUAAAGAAGGAGUUGGAGAACAAGGGUCCUGCGACGCGCCGUCUGCUCCUCCACGAGGUCCCCACUGGAGAGGUGUGGGUCCGCCUCGACCUGCAGCUCUUUCAAAACAGAGCAUCCAAAUAAGGACCUCUGGGCCAACACUGGACGUCCAAAUAAGGACGUCCUGCAACUCUUCCAAACGAAGGACGCCAAACUAAGGACAUCCUGGUCUGCCGCCACACUGGAGGGCCUUGGUAGAAAUUGUAUGUAACUGCUGGUCCAGGGUCUGAUCCUGUUAAUCUUCCUAAUGGUUAAGUUUGGGGUUGCCGGUUCCUAGAUCUGUGGUUAAGCCAGGGCUAACUUUUACAUGGAGCUGCCAUGGGUAACACUAACCACCCGAUGAGCUAAUGGGAACCCUCCCCUCCCUCAUCUGAGGUCAGACGUUCAGUCCUAAGCACUGAUCUGAAGACCGUUUCUAGCCUUUAAGGUUUGACUGGUGGUAGGCGGUGUUGGGUUAGUGUAAAGCUGAUCCUAGAUCUGUGUUUAGGAGCAGCUUCUAGCAGUAGUGGUUCUACUUGAACCAGCACAAACACUUAUGGCCUAUGCACUCCUCUGCUACUGACUCUCGCUCUGCCAAGUGUGCUUGUUGUAAACUCAAUCCAGGCCAAUGUUUGUUGAAACUGUAUUUAUUUAAUUACAGAUAGUCUUUAACUCCACAGUAAAUAUUUGUUAAUGCUAAGAUUUUGUUUGGGAAAGUAAUAUGGGGUAAAAAUGGAGAGCGGUUAGAGAAGUGUGGUCCUUCUUGCCACGAUAGUUUACCACUGGACAUGAGACUAAUCUCAGGAUUGAAGUCUUCUUUCUUUUGCUGUCAGUCUAUAUUAAUGUAUCCAAAACCUGCUUUUAUUUGAUCUCAAUCCGUUUAUUUUUCUCUCUUGUUAGUAUAGUGGCAUUAAAGAUACAUGCGCAGAGGAUUUUUAAGAUACUGUGGCGACACUGAGAUCUGACUUGACUUUUAAAACGACCGGUCUGUCUGACUCCCUUUAUGCUUCACAACAUACUUCUGCCAUGUGUUCCCUCUGGGUGUUUCAAUGGAAUAGUUUAUUUCGUUUUUGAUCCCUUAUAAAUGUUGGGGAGGUCUUGUUCUUUAAUUGUGGUUUAGUUGCCUCAAAUCCUAAAAGGGAAAAGUCUCUUUUUGUUUCUUCCACUCCCGGGCCCAUAUUCACAGAGGUUCAGAGUAGGAGUGCAGACAUGGGAUCAGUUUUUCUUUUUAGAUCAUAAUGAAUAAGAUGAUAUGGAUAGAAGGGGACCUGAUCCUAGAUUAGCACUAGCCUGGUCCCAGAUCUGUUUGUACUUUUGCCUACUCCAUUGUUAUUGUCAAGCCAAACAUGUUCUGCGUGAUAAUUCGGUAAGGAGUAGGCAAGAGAGCAGGAACAGACCGGCACCCAGGCUCGAUCAGCACGCCUACUCUGAGAUACUCGGUGAAUAUGGGCCCAGAUGCCUCCAGUGGCUCUAUAACCAUUAGUGGUGUGGCUGCAGAUGACUGGUGAGCCGGAGUGGCUCUUAUUGGUUUUAAUUUAUGCAACUGUUAACUAUCCAGAGAUUUUUGAUCAUCAAAGCAUUGUAUUCAGUGUCUGAAAAAUCUUUCAGUAGCCUUUCAUAUUUUACAAAGGAUUGCGAGAAUAGUCUUUGAAGGAUAACAGCCCAUUUGAGCUAUAUUAUGUAAGUCUUAAGUUUGUAAGACAGGAAGUGAUUAGCUGGACAGCCAAGUAAAGUACCGAUCUAUCAGACUCUCGCUGGCUUUUCUCCUAAUUUUAUACUGAACAAAAAUGUAAACGAACAAUUUCAGUGAUUUUACUGAGUUACAGUUCAUAUAAGGAAUUCAGUCAAUUGAAUCAAUUCUUUAGGCCCAAAUCCAUGGAUUUCACAAAACUGGGCAGGGGCGCAGCCGUGGGUGGGCCUGGGAGGAAAUAGGCCCACCUACUGGGGAGCCAGGCCCAGCCAAUCAGAAUGAGGUUUCCCCCACAAAAGGGCUUUAUUACAGACAGAAAUACUCCUCAGUUUCAUCAGCUGGCUGGGUGGCUGAUCUCAGACGAUCCCGCAUGUGGAGGUGCUGGGCUGGCGUGGUUACACGUGGACUGUGAGGCCGGUUGGACAUACUGCAAAAUUCUCUAAAACUAAGUUGGAGGCGGUUUAUGGUAGAGAAAUUAACUUUAAAUUCUCUGACAACAGCUCUGGUGGACAUUUCUGCAGUCUGCAUGUGUGACAAAACUACACAUUUUAGUGGCCUUUUAUUGUCCCCCCAGCACAAGGUCCACCUGUGUAAUAAUCAUGCUGUUUAAUUAGCUUCUUGAAAUGCCACACCUGUCAGGUGGAUGGAUUAUCUUGGCAAAGAAGAAAUGCUCACUAACAGGGAUGUAAACAAAUGUGUGCACCACAUUUGAGAGAAAUAAGCUUUUUGUACAUAUGGAACAUUCCUGGGGUCUUUUAUUUCAGCUCAUGAAACACGGGACCAAAACUUUACAUGUUGUGUUUCUAUUUUUGUUCAGUAUAAUUUGAGCUGCACAAGUCUUCUAUUAGGUUUUAUUCAUUUGAGGUUUAACUUUAAAUCAUGUUUUUUUGUGUCAAUGAUUCUAUGUAAUGAUUACAGUGCUAAGUGUGGAUCCUACAUUGCUACCUAACAUGCAGUGUGUUCACAAUGGGCACAGCGUGGCACUCACUGAAUCAUGGCUCUUUUAACGAUAAUAAAAAGUAUUGAAAACAAA